UUGCGCGCGCAGCCUGCGCCUGCCCCCUGGUCGGUCAGGCGCCGGUCCCGAACCCGCCCGUCCAGUGUCGCGGCGCUCGGGUCGCGGUGCACGGCGAGUCCUACCGAGGUCCGCAGCCCCGCGCGGCCCCAGCAUGAGCGCGCGCCACCCGGCCCUCGGCCUGCUGCUGCUGCUGCUGCUGUGCCCUGCGCAGGUGUUUUCACAAUCCUGUGUUUGGUAUGGAGAGUGUGGAACUACGCUUGGAGAUAAGAGGUACAACUGUAAAUAUUCUGGUCCACCAAAACCCUUACCGAAGGACGGAUAUGACUUGGUGCAGGAGCUCUGUCCGGGGUUCUUCUUCGGCGACGUCAGUCUCUGCUGUGACGUUCAACAGCUUCAGACGCUAAAGAACAACCUGCAGCUGCCCCUGCAGUUUCUGUCCAGAUGUCCAUCAUGUUUUUAUAACCUGAUGACCCUGUUUUGUGAGCUGACAUGUAGUCCUCACCAGAGUCAGUUUCUGAAUGUGACGGCCACUGAAGACUAUGUUGAUCCUAAGACACAGGAGAAUAAAACAAACGUAAAGGAAUUGGAGUACUAUAUCGGACAGAGCUUUUCGAAUGCCAUGUACAACGCCUGCCGUGACGUGGAGGCCCCUUCAAGUAAUGAGAAGGCCCUGGGCCUCCUGUGUGGGAGGGACGCCAGUGCCUGCAACGCCACCAACUGGAUUGAGUACAUGUUCAACAAAGACAACGGGCAGGCGCCGUUCACCAUCACACCCAUUUUUACAGAUCUUUCUGUCCUUGGGAUGGAGCCCAUGAGAAAUGCCACCAAAGGCUGCAACGAGUCUGUAGAUGAGGUCACGGGGCCAUGUAGCUGCCAGGACUGCUCCAUGGUCUGUGGCCCCAAGCCCCAGCCUCCACCGCCUCCUGUGCCCUGGAGGAUCUUCGGCCUGGACGCCAUGUAUGUUAUCAUGUGGUUCACCUAUGUGGCGUUUCUGCUGGUAUUCUUUGGAGGACUUUUGGCAGUGUGGUGCCACAGAAGACGCUAUUUUGUAUCUGAGUACACUCCCAUUGACAGCAAUAUAGCCUUCUCUGUGAACACCAGCGACAGAGGGGAGGCCUCAUGCUGUGACCCACUCGGUGCAGCCUUCGACAGCUGUCUGAGGCGCAUGUUCACAAAGUGGGGAGCUUUCUGUGUCCGAAACCCCACCUGCGUCAUUUUCUUCUCGUUGGUCUUCAUCGCUGCGUGUUCUUCUGGGCUGGUGUUUGUCCGGGUCACCACCAAUCCUGUGGAGCUCUGGUCAGCCCCUCACAGUCGGGCCCGCUUGGAGAAGGAGUACUUUGAUAAGCACUUUGGGCCUUUCUUCCGCACAGAGCAGCUCAUUAUCCAGGCCCCCAGCACCAGUGUUCAUAUCUAUGAGCCGUACCCCUCAGGAUCUGAUGUGCCCUUUGGGCCGCCACUGGACAAAGAGAUUCUGCACCAGGUUCUUGACUUACAGAUUGCCAUUGAAAGUAUCACUGCAUCUUAUGGCAAUGAGACCGUGACACUUCAGGACAUCUGUGUGGCCCCUCUCUCUCCAUACAACAAGAACUGCACCAUUCUGAGUGUGUUAAAUUACUUCCAGAACAGCCAUUCGGUGCUGGACCACCAAGUAGGCGAUGUCUUCUAUGUAUAUGCCGAUUACCACACGCACUUUCUAUACUGUGUACGGGCCCCCGCCUCUCUGAACGACACGAGUAUGCUCCACGAUCCUUGCCUGGGUACAUUUGGAGGACCUGUGUUCCCAUGGCUUGUGCUGGGUGGCUAUGACGAUCAGAACUACAAUAAUGCCACGGCGCUUGUGAUCACCUUCCCUGUCAGCAAUUACUAUAAUGACACAGAGAAGCUCCAGAGGGCCCAGGCCUGGGAAAAAGAGUUUAUUAAGUUUGUGGAAAACUACAAAAACCCCAAUCUGACCAUCUCUUUCAUCGCUGAGCGAAGCAUUGAAGACGAGCUCAAUCGGGAAAGUAAGAGUGACGUGUUCACCAUUGCCAUCAGCUACGCCAUCAUGUUCCUGUACAUCUCCCUGGCCUUGGGACACAUCCAGAGCUGUAGCAGGCUUCUGGUGGACUCUAAAAUCUCGCUGGGCAUCGCGGGGAUCCUGAUAGUGCUGAGCUCAGUGGCCUGCUCCCUGGGCAUCUUCAGCUACAUGGGGAUGCCACUGACCCUCAUUGUCAUCGAAGUCAUCCCAUUCUUGGUGCUGGCUGUCGGGGUGGACAACAUCUUCAUUCUCGUGCAGACCUACCAGAGAGAUGAGCGUCUUCAGGAGGAGACCCUGGAUCAGCAACUGGGCAGGAUCCUUGGGGAAGUGGCCCCUACUAUGUUCCUGUCGUCCUUUUCUGAGACCUCGGCGUUUUUCUUUGGGGCACUGUCCUCGAUGCCGGCCGUCCACACCUUCUCUCUGUUUGCGGGCUUGGCCGUCCUCAUCGACUUCCUCCUUCAGAUUACCUGCUUUGUGAGCCUCUUGGGCUUAGAUAUUAAGAGGCAAGAGAAAAAUCGGCUGGACAUCCUGUGCUGUGUCAGAGGUGCUGACGACGGUAGAGGCAUCCAGGCCUCCGAGAGCUGCCUGUUCCGCUUCUUCAAGAACUCCUUUGCCCCCCUUCUGAUGAAGGACUGGCUGCGACCAAUUGUGGUAGCCGUAUUUGUGGGUGUCCUGUCAUUCAGUAUUGCAGUCGUGAACAAAGUAGAAAUCGGAUUGGAUCAGUCUCUCUCAAUGCCAAAUGAUUCCUACGUGAUCGAUUAUUUCAAAUCACUCGGGCAGUACCUGCACUCGGGUCCGCCUGUGUACUUUGUCCUGGAGGAAGGUCAUAACUACGCUACUCACAGAGGGCAGAACAUGGUGUGCGGCGGCAUGGGCUGUGACAAUGACUCCCUGGUACAGCAGAUAUUUAACGCAGCUGAGCUGGACGCCUACACCCGCAUAGGCUUCGCCCCCUCCUCCUGGAUUGACGAUUACUUUGACUGGAUCGCACCACAGUCCUCCUGCUGCAGACUCUACAGUGCCACUCAACAGUUUUGCAACGCCUCUGUGAUUGACCCAACCUGUGUCCGCUGCAGACCUCUGACUGCAGAGGGCAAACAGAGACCUCAAGGGAAAGAGUUCAUGAGAUUCCUGCCCAUGUUCCUUUCCGAUAACCCCAACCCCAAGUGUGGCAAAGGGGGACAUGCUGCCUACGGUUCAGCUGUUAACAUCGUCGGAGAUGACACUUAUGUUGGGGCCACUUACUUUAUGACCUACCACACUGUACUUAAGACCUCCGCUGACUAUAUUGAUGCCAUGAAAAAAGCCCAGCUUGUAGCCAGUAACAUCACAGAAACCAUGAGAGCUAAGGGGAGUAACUACCGCGUGUUCCCGUACAGUGUGUUCUACGUCUUCUAUGAACAGUACCUGACCAUUAUUGACGACACCAUCUUUAACCUGAGUGUGUCUCUGGGCUCCAUAUUUCUGGUGACCUUGGUGGUUCUGGGCUGUGAGCUGUGGUCUGCAGUCAUCAUGUGUAUCACCAUAGCCAUGAUCCUGGUCAACAUGUUCGGUGUUAUGUGGCUGUGGGGCAUCAGUCUGAAUGCUGUUUCCUUGGUCAACUUGGUGAUGAGCUGUGGCAUUUCUGUGGAGUUCUGCAGCCAUAUAACACGAGCAUUCACGAUGAGUACCAAAGGCAGCCGAGUGAGCCGAGCGGAAGAGGCGCUGGCCCACAUGGGUAGUUCUGUAUUCAGUGGAAUCACACUUACAAAAUUUGGAGGGAUUGUAGUGUUGGCCUUUGCCAAAUCUCAAAUUUUCGAGAUAUUUUACUUCAGGAUGUACUUAGCCAUGGUCUUACUCGGAGCCACUCACGGAUUGAUAUUUCUUCCUGUCUUACUCAGCUACGUAGGACCGUCGGUGAAUAAAGCUAAAAGACAAACCACUCAAGAGCGAUACAAAGGGACAGAGCGAGAACGGCUCCUCAACUUUUAGCCUUGUAGCAGGCUCUGGUGACUUUGUCCAGGUCAAGGUUACUGCGACAGCUGUCCCACCAAGGCCCUGCUGAUGCUGGUUCCCAGGGUUAGGCGGUGUCACGGCUGUAGCGGAUGCAGCCCCACCCACUUUACACUCAGGAAUGCUCUCGUGACUUGUGAAGCAGUAUUAUGAAGUUUGAAGGUGGCAGUCGCCAGCCCUGCAGCAGAGAACCCUUGUCUUGGGGCAGAGGAAGGACAAUGACUGCCAGCGUGAGACAGUGGCCACUUCUCUACGUGCGCGCUCCUCUUUCAGGAGGAGCCACCACACGUGCUAUAGCUUAUUUUUAGCAACAUUUGAGGAUGUUGUAGGUACUUUAUUACAACAUUUUGUAGUUUAAAGAGCUUUAUUAAUGCAAUAAAUUAACUUUGUACAUUUUUAUAUUAAAAAAAAAAACUAUCCAGGGACUUCAGAAAGUCGUAGGCCUCAUCAGAGCUUGUUCUCCAAAAACCUGCUUGAAAAAGGCGACGUGUUCUUCACAGUGUUCUCCUGUAGGGAGAAUGUCCAUCAGUCAGCAGCUGCUUACGGGCAGGGGAGAAGGGAAUGCAGACAGAGCUCAUGGGUUGGGUACUGGGUUUUAACUUAUUUUCUUUAAUAAAAUACCUCCUCCUCCUCCUCCACUGA